AUGAUGAAUAUUCACUGCUGUUCAAAGUGGACACAUAAGGAAACUAGAAAAUCAAUUUGUCUAUUACUGUGUCUAUCGGUAACCUGUCUCAUAACUUACAGAGUCCACAUCUGGUUGAAACAUUAUGACAGUUUAGCCUCGAAAAUGAUUAUUUCUGCCUAUGAUGAUCAUCAGAAUAAUUUACCAUUUCCUCUGAUCACAAUUUGUAAUAUUAAUCCAGCUAGAGGAACUAAACUGUAUAAUCUGCAUUCAAGUGAAUCACGCGAUAGAGGUAUUGAUUAUGAAAUUUUUGCGGAUGCACUUCAAGGACGUCUGGGUGAAAAUAUACCUGAAAGCAAGCUUCAAAUGCCUAUUAUUAAACUCAUAGACAAGGCAUCCCACCAGAUAGAUCAAAUGUUGAGAGGUUGUAAAAUUGGUCAGAAACACUGUUCUGUUGCAAAUUUCACAAAGAGUGUAUUACCAAACGGUGCAUGUUAUACUCUGUCAGGUGAUUUAGUCGGUAUCGAUGAAAUUCAAUUGGUGCUGGAUCCACAAAGUUAUGAUUAUUUAGUUCCAAAUCAAGGAUUUAUUGGUUUUCGUAUUUUAUUACACGGAUAUGGCGAUUCAUUAUGGGCACAAAUACCAACUGCUGUUUACGCUGGUCCAACAUUUCAUACUAUGCUACGCACAGUUGGUCUUAAGAAGAUAUAUAAGCAACACUGUACAAGUCAAUCAGUGUGGGCUAGCUGUAUGCAUGACUGUAUGCAAGAAAUGCUAGAAGACAGGUGUCAUUGUCAAUUGUCAGACUGCACUAUCAUGAAAAUGAUGAACUGUGGACUUACAAUAAAUUCUAUGAUUGAAUCCUUAUCACCAGUUCAGUGUAAAUGUCAUAAUCCGUGUGAAACAAUCUCCUAUUCAGUCGAGUCAAUAACACAAGCAUUAAAAUCUCCAUUAUUAUUUACACAUCCAUUGAGCGUAUUCACUAAUGUAAAUCAGUCGAAUUUUGAGUCAGACAUUUAUGCAAAUAAUAAUGUAGGCGGUAAAGCAAAUCCUUUUACUCAAAAGCAUCAUGAUAUUAUGAGAUCAAUAUCAAAUACUAUUAAUAAUGAUAAUAAUAAUCACAAAAAUGUUAUUAUGCGGAACAAUAAGGAUUCCAGUCAACCUCAGCAAUAUUUGCAUUCUUAUAAAAAAGAAAUCUGGGAGGGUUUACUACUUCAAACAUGGGCAUUUUUACGUGAAGCCAAUCGUACAGCAUUUGAACAGCUUAGGCAAUUAUCCCACUUACUUCAAAGUUUAGAUUUAGACCUACAGACAGUUGAACGUACAGUUUACAAAGUUCAUCGAAAGCAUAGAUUAAAAUUAGAGCCAAGCGAUCUUAUGCUUUGGGAUGGUGAACGUUUAUCAACAAAUAAACAAGCUUCAAAUGGAUUAUGUAUGGAUAGUGAGGAGCAUUCACGUAUGCUAGAAAGAGUUAGCCGACUUGGCAAAGAAUUUGUACGUCUAUUUCGACAGAGCAUUUUAUUUCGAGAUAUCUCAGUGGUUCCAGGAUCAGAUUUUCAUAUACACUUAGUACGUUUGUUUUUUCUACGUGUCGUUGAGGAGCUUGAUCGUCUCGCUAACCAACUAUUACAUAAUGAUCUAUUUUCUGAUGUAACAAUGCUUGACUUACAACGUAAAACUCAUCUGUGUAAACAAAGCAGCAAUGAACUGAUGUACAAUGAUACCAGUUGGGAAAAUCAGUUGAAACAAUCCCAGCCAAUUGUAGCCAGUGAAGAUAUAGCCAGCUUACAAGCUGUACUAUUGGCUACUGAUUCUCAAUUCAAACAAUUGAGAACUGUGUUUUCAAAAUUAGUCUCUGAUAAUCGUGAAUUAAUUGAAGCUCUUCCAAUUGAUCGAGCUAGUCUGAAUUCGAAACCAGAAAGUUUAUCAGGCGUUGAAACAGGAUUAGUUACUAUUACAAUACAAUUGACACAAGACAAAAAUCGUCUUAUACGGCUGGAGUCAGUACAAGCAAUCUACAGUCCUAUAGCUGAGUUAUUGGAUUUGAUCAUAUCUGGUCUACUGUUGGCAUUCCUAUCCAUUUUCCUUGUAAAUAUUUGCUUAUCAAAACCAAGCAAUUCAGUUUCAUGCUAUUCUGAAUCAUGUCGGUGUUGUUCUUCCCUCGUCAAUAAACCUGCUGAUAAGCCAUCUACCCUGUUGAAUCAUACAACUGUUUUCUCACCCACCUACAGUAAUCGUAAAUCAGAGAAUGGCAAUUGUGGUAAACCACUGCCAAAGACCACUGCAACAACUUAUGUAAAUCAUACUGAUUUAACUGCAAGUACUGCGUCACAAAUAAAGACCAGUGCGAAUUCCGCUUACCUUUGCAAUUCACGAAUGAAUGAUCGAGGCACACUGUCAAGCAGGUGUCUACUGCCUUCGAGUACACCGAUAACGAAUAAUAAAACUAAAUUAUACGUUGAAAACUGUCGACAUAAUUACAAUAAUCCUUCUCUAAAUGAUUCAUCACAAUAUUUAACACAUACUCUACCUAUUCUACCCGUUUCGUCGGUAAUCCUUCCAAAAUGGGAAAGUAAAACACUUCGAAUAGACUUAGAUCCAUUCAAUUCUAUGAAUACAUCUGAGCAUCAUUCAGCUGUUGAAUGUGAAGAUGAACAGUCUCAUUUAAACAUAAAUCACCUUUAUUCGCCACAUCAACAACAACAACAACAAAAGUCUCUUCCACAACACCAACAACUCCAACAACAACAACAGCAAUCGCAACAGUCAUGCCGACAACAAAACAAUAUCAAUGAAUCAUCGUGUAUCAGCUUUUGUGAUUGUUUAUAUUCAUCGGAAAAUAGUACUGGGGCUGGUUCAUUUUCUUGUACAAAUUCCAAUAAAUACUUGUUAUGUAAUAAUAA